AUGAAAACCAAACGUUUCCGCAUAUUUUCAAUGCAAGUUGAGAAGGAUUAUGUUGUUAGUUUUCAUAAAGAUAGAAAAAAAAAUAAUCGACAUACUGAAGCAAUGACCAAAAUUAUUGAUCAAAGUCCAAUUUCUAAAGAUGCUUAUAGAAAGUUAGCUACUCUUCAAUAUGAACUACCAUGUGAUUAUACUAUUUUAAGUACUAGAAAAAAAAUUAAUGAAGAGUUGAGUCAACAAAUUCCUAUUUUAAUUUUAAAUAUUACAGACAUACCUCUUAUAUUUAUAGUUACAAAUAAGUUAUCUGAUAUUAAUGAUUCAGAAAUUGAAGAAGAGAUGCUAAAAUACAUCAGCAAGGCAGGCUAUUGA